AUGAGCAUGAACCGGACUGGCCAAGGUUUUCUACAAAUCCCCCCAGAACAACCCAGCGGUAAAGGCUGCCCCAAGACCGUGGGGCCGGCAUCCUCCGUCGUCUCAGUCUUAGCGGCAGCACUCCUUUCCAACGUCCUGCCGUUCCUACCGGCAAUUCUGCUAUUCAAGACGCGGAUAAUGCCCUUACAAGAUCACAGACUGUCCAUUCGACCGCGGCAACUCUUCCUCGAUCGCGUCCCCACGGUCGUCGUGCAACUCUGGCAUCCUCAGAAAUGCCAAAGCCGCGCUCCCAGUCCUAUUGUUCAGCAUGAAAUCAAGGCAUUUCUGGUUCCAUAUGACGCACACUGGACGACCGUGACGGAAAAGGUUACCGAGCUCUUUGAUGUUCCGCCGAGCAAUGUUGCCCUGAUCCACAGAGACCGUGAUGGAUCUCUGACGACAAUUCAUAACCAAGAUGAGCUCAGGUCAUACUUGCUGGUCCUGAGUGCUCGUGCUGUCGCUGAUUUGAGAGAAUGGAAGUACAGUAUCAUAUCUCACAUUCCCAUGUCGGAGAUUGAGGACACGGAGGAACACGAGAGCAUUACCGAAAUAUUGCAACAAGCGCAUACUGGCAAGUUCACCGACGAAGACUAUACGUUUAUCAACCGUCCUCCAAAUGACCCAACGGACGUGCAGCUCGUGAUUCCAGGAGAAGAGACGCCCCUACGCCGUCCCGCGCCAUCUGGGCAUUGUGCGUCGCCCAACAUGCAGGUAAUGCAGCUCCGUCAAGAGGACGACAACUCGUGGGAUAAAGUUCAAGCGCCAUCUGAGAGAGACGUCGAAGACGAAGAACCAGAAGGCACCGUCCAGUGUCGACUAUCCGCAUCUCGAGAACCGACACGACCUCAAUCUGUCGCGAGUUCUGGGCCGCCACGGAUUCCGUCGAGGGACAAGGGAAGCCGUGCGAUGUCGACCACGAGCUUGGACCCUGUUCUCUACAGUACCGUCGAUGUCGACGUUGCGUCGAAUAGGUCGAUCCCAGAGGCUCCUCGUGACAUGGGUCCCAUCCUCAUUUCGAAUAUCGUCAAAAAGAUGAGCUUGGAGAGCGGCGCGGAGAGUCCACUCGACAGCAGUCGGAUGAAGGCACUUGCUCGAGGACGAUGGGGUCGCGCAUCAGCUUCGUGGCACCUGGGAGGCAUACUGAAAUCAGCCAUUACGCCCAUGUCUGCUUUUCCACCUGUGAUGAAGCGCGUGCAAACAAUUGUCGAAGAGGAUCCACCGUCGGAUAUCGAGGAGCAAGAUGGCGAUGUCAUUUGGACACAUCGCCCGACUCCGAGCCUGCGUUUCCAAAGACUCCUAUCCAUACUGAAAAGAGAACUGCGGUACCAGCACCAGCAUCUGUGCCAGCCGCUGCAUCUGCAAAGUCGUCAGCAGCGCCUUGAAGAGGCAAAGGCCUUGUAUAAAGCGGAAAAGGCGAGGUACAGAGCCGAGCGAGAGCAACGUCGCCGUAACAAGCUCGAAUCGGUUUGCGUAUCCCGACGUGGGAAUGGAGUCCAAGAGACGGACGAACCACCCAUCGAGGUCAAGCCAGCUCCUCCAGGUCAUCGCGCGUCUUUGAUGAGCGCACCGGACCCAGAUGCGUAUCGUGGUCGUGCAUCUGCUGUCCCACAUUCUGCCAAAGCCGCCUCUACAGUCAAGCCUGCUGCUGGAUCAACGUAUUCCCCGGCGCUUCUGCCGACCCACCUCUCUCAAGCCGUCCAAGCGUCGAUCGGAAAGUCUGUGAAAAGUCCAUCUGUACCAUCAAUGAGAGAAGCAGAUGCUCCUAUAGAUGCUGCGGACUCGGCUCAUGAUGGUGGAUCCGAAGGACCUGGUACACCGAAACCAGCACCCGCUCGUCCACAGCGCGCUUCGACACAAUUCGAUUUCGAUGCAUUCAUGGAGGCAAAUGCGUGGAAUACCGCACCCAGGGCUGCUCCUGGAUGGGUACACGAGCAAGCACAGCAGCAACCGCCGCAGGUACCUCCGCCUCCUGCUAUCACUGCUACAUCGACGAAGCGUGGUUCGCACUCACCUGUCGAAGAAGCUCUCCGCCUCCUCCACCUCCUGCGCCGCCUCCGAGGUCCACAUCCACUCGAGCGUCCUCCUCUGGACAUGAGCGCCGGGAGCGAGAACACGGCACCAACGCCUCCGCCUCGUCCACAUGCGUUUUCACCCAGUUAUUCUCCUCCGGAUGCUACUCAUGGAUAUCCUCAUCAUCGCCAUCACGAGAGCACUGGGAGUGGAGGAGCAGGAGGAGCAGGCUUGGAGCAGACGUCUUCUGAUGCCUUUCGCGCGAAUCUAGCGUCUCGAGGGUCAGUCAAGGGAGCUCGAUGGGGAGCCCACCGGAGGAUAGAUGUUGGCGGGCGAGAGGAUAGUCUCCCGAUCGAAGCUCAUCCACCACCUGUCUAUAGCACCGACGGUGAAGGCGGCGACGAGUUGAUCGAGAGCGGUGGACCUCCCGCGUCUUGA